ACGGCGGCGGAGCCGUACGGCGGCGGAGCCGGGCGAGACGAGCUGGGCCCUGCUGGCAGCUCCCUCUUCCCCACCUCCAUGCCCGUCCUCUGAGCCCCCCUGGGCACCCAUGCACUUGCCCGGGGACCAGUCUGCACCAUGAAUGACCAGUACCACCGAGCAGCCCGGGAUGGCUACCUGGACCUCCUGAAGGAAGCCACCAAGAAGGACCUGAACUCGCCGGACGAGGAUGGCAUGACCCCGACCCUAUGGGCUGCCUACCACGGCAACCUGGACGCCCUGCGCCUCAUCGUCAGCAGAGGGGGUGAUCCAGACAAAUGUGACAUCUGGGGGAACACCCCUCUCCACCUGGCUGCAGCCAACGGCCACCUGAACUGCCUUUCCUUCCUCAUCUCUUUUGGGGCCAACAUCUGGUGCCUGGACAAUGACUACCACACCCCGCUGGACAUGGCAGCCAUGAAGGGGCACAUGGAGUGUGUGCGAUACCUGGACUCUAUCGCUGCCAAGCAGAGCAGCCUCAACCCCAAGCUGGUGAGCAAACUGAAGGACAAGGCCUUUCGGGAUGCAGAGAGGAGGAUUAAGGACUGCGUGAAGCUGCAGAAGAAGCACCACGAAAGGAUGGAGAAACGGUACCGAAAGGAGAUGUCGGAUAAUUCGGAUACCAUGAGCUUCUCCAGCUAUUCAAGUAGCACCUUAAGCAAGAAGUUCCAACACAUGUCUAUGGUGACUUCCCUGCCAUAUUCCCAAGCCACCAUCCACGGCACAGCCAAGGGAAAGACAAAAAUACAAAAGAAGCUGGAGAAGAAGAAGCAGGUGGACGGGACGUUCAAGAUCUACGAGGAUGGGAGGAAAAGUGUGCGGUCCCUGUCCGGGCUGCAGCUGGGGAACGACGUCAUGUUUGUGAAGCAGGGCACAUACGCCAGCCCCAAGGAGUGGACUCGGCGCAAUAUCAGAGACAUGUUCCUCACAGAUGAAGACACUGUCUCCCGUGCCAUAAGUGACCCAGGUUUGCACAUGGACUCGGCCCACUCGGAAGUCAGCACCGACUCCGGCCACGACUCCUUGUUCAACCGCCCCGGGCUGGGCACCAUGGUGUUCCGGCGUAACUACGUCAGCAGUGGGCUUUUUGGGAUUGGCAGGGAGGACUCUGGAAUGCCAGGUGAAGACAACCCAGACGGGGUAGGUGUCAAACUGCGGAGCCGCCUGCAGCGCUCGCCAAGUCUCAACGAUAGCAUUGGCAGUGCCAACAGCCUGCAGGAGAGGAACGCGGAGGAGCUACCCUGGGAUGAGGUGGAGCUGGGCUUAGAUGAUGAUGAUGAACCAGACACCAGCCCCUUGGAGACUUUCCUGGCUUCCCUGCACAUGUUUGAGUUCAUCUCCAUCUUGAAGAAGGAAAAGAUUGACUUGGAGGCCCUCAUGCUAUGUUCAGACAAUGACCUGAAGAGCAUCAAUAUCCCACUGGGCCCCAGGAAAAAGAUUGUGGAUGCCAUCCAGAGGAGACGACAAACUCUGGAGAAGCCAGAUGUCAUUGUAGACACUGAACUGUAAGUAGGAGAUGGGGCCUCUGAGCAAUUAAGCCCUUCAGCAGGUGGAGAUGUGGAUAAUGUAAGGUCUUGUUUUCAACCCACUUGGAAGAGUAGGAGUCCAGGUAACCUCAGUGCUUCUGUGUGUGGGCAAAUUCCUGCUUGUGUGGAAACAAUGAGAGUUCGGAGAGGUGGCAAUAGUGUUAGUCCAUUACUCAACAGCCCUAACGUGGCUGGGCAGGACAUGGAGCCCUUGUUUUGUUUCAUAACCUAAAUGAAUGCAGACUGGUCUGUGGUCUGAUUCUUCAGAGUCCCUGUAGCUGGGACUUUCAACCACUCUCAGGCUGGUCUUGAUUCUUCACCUUUUGAAGGCGUUAGGAAAUCAACCGCGAGUC